CGGCGGCCGGGACCCGGAGCGCAGCUGGUCUGGUCCCAGUCCUCUCACAGGGGCGGCUCGGAGGGACAGCUAUAUAGACGCACUUGCAACACCCCGCUGCAGACCACACUGCAGUGUCCCAGCCAUGUUUCACCUAUUGCUGACGGCGGCGGCGGUGGCGGCGGCCGGAGGGCUGGCCCGACCCAGCGGAGCGAGGCAGUGGCUGGACGGCUACAGCGGCCAGCAUCAGACGGGCAGCCUAAUCACGUACCACGACAGCGCCAGCAGCCUCGGCGGCUGGAACGACCUCAUGCGCUCCGCCUGCAUCAACGGAUUUUGGGUGUUUUACGAGCACGACCAGUUUAACUACGAGUCUGGCAAGGUGCUGUGGGCAUACGGCUUCAACUACUGCUUUACCUUCCGGGAAGAUAUGGAUAAACAGGUCUCCAGUGUGCGGCCGGUCGGACACCUAGUGGACGCCGCCGCCGACUCCCUCACACUGUUCGAGGGCACGCUCUUCUCGGGCAGUCAAGUGUUCAUCGACGCGUCCACCUAUAACGUCUCCACAGCCUACGGCUACCAGUCAGUGAUAGUGACGGGCCCGGACGCGUGGACCAUCUACUCUGGCGACAACUACACGGGCUACAGCGUGUGUCUGUACUCGGGCAGCGACAGCGCCGUCUCGCCCAGCGGACAGAAGAUCACCUACGGCCUCUUCCCGACGGCCGACUACCUGGGCGUGGUGGGCUCCGACAUCCGGUCGGCGCGCAAGGGAUGCUACUCGGGGGUGACUCUGCGCGGCCAGCCGCUCACCGCCGAAAACCACAUCUCCACUGUGGUGGAGGAGGAAUGGGAAAAGGCUUUGGACAACGGCUACGCAUUCGAACCAUGAAUCGUCUUCUUAAAUGUAGGCAUAUUGUCUAGCUCAACGUGACAUUUACCCAAGUUCGUAUAUUUAAGCUGAGUGUUUUUGUUCUUAUGUCGUCAACUGUAGUUGCAUUAUCUUCUGUCCUGCUAAGUGUCAAAUCGGAGGUGGUAGUCUCAACUCACAUGUAAGUACGUUUUAAGAAGGCGAGAGUCUCUGCUCGUUCAUACUUUACAGUUUACGUCAUGAUGGACUUCCAGUGCUCGUGAAGAGAAGUCAUCAAGCUAUGUUUGAAGCCAUUAUCAUUAACAUUUCACGCUUCUAAAAAUAAUGUCAGGCUAGCACAGCUCCAAUAAAAUAUCUUAUAAAUGUCAUCUUCAA